AUGACCUCACCCAUGCCCGCCGACAACCCCGUGGAGCACAAGCCAUACACCUACUGGCAGCACGGAUGGGACAAGUGCAAGCAGCAGCCCUUUGUCCCAAUAGGCGCGGCGGCCACGACCGUCGCGCUCCUCGGAGCCACUGCGUCGCUGCGUUCCGGUAACCGUCAGCGGUUCCAGACGUUCCUCCGUCUGCGUGUCGUCGCACAGGGUGUCACCGUCCUUGCCAUGGUCGUUGGCGCGUACUUUCUCACAAACAAGGCCGAGGAGGCAAAGGAGGCUCGCCACCGUGCGCUUAUUGGCCUGCCACCCCCAGAACGCCCGGUCGUCGACGACAACGCGCACCUGUACCCGACGCGUAACAAGACCAAGGUGUCCGACUUUACCAGCCGCCUUCGCGACGCCGAAAAGCAGCAGGCGAUCGACGACGCGGCUGCCACCAAGGACAAGAUUGCCGCUGCCAAGAACGAGUAA